GACGCCAUUUUUCUUACUACACUGGCUACCGCUAUUUUCGGCCAAACACCCCCAAUGUCAUUAACUUAUUGACAUAAGAAUUUGAGGUUAUAUUUUUGGUUUUGAUUUUAAUGAAUUUAAAAUUUAUUUGGCAAGUGGAAGUAAAGAUUUUACCAAAAUUUCCUUCGUUGUGUUACUCUACAUCAAAAAAGGAAUUCAUAAAUCCUAUUAAAAAGAAAAUGGCACCUAGUAUUCCCGACAGAUGGAUUCCAUAUAAAGCCUGUGGAAAUGUAAUUGAAGGAACCAGAUUGAUAUGUUUCAAAGUACCCCUGCGAAGGACUGUACAAACGAACAAAGCAGAAAUUAAAGAAAUAUGGGACGUAAAAGCUCUUUUGAGUUCAAUCCCGAAUUUGGUUGCCGUUAUAGAUCUGACGAACACAGCUCGUUACUACGAUCCGAGAGAGCUUCAAGCGGCCGGUGUUGUCCACAAGAAAAUUUUUAUGCCUGGACGCAUAAUACCUCCCAAGGAUAAGGUGAUCGAAUUUAUGGACGCCGUUGACGAGUUCUUGGGAAAAGAUUGCGAUAAGCUGGUGGGAGUCCACUGCACGCACGGGCUGAACCGGACUGGGUACAUGGUGUGCCGGUACAUGCGGGACCGGCUCAACAUCGACCCGAAGGUCGCCAUCAAGAGGUUUGAAUUAGCUCGUGGAUAUCAAAUUGAAAGAGAAAAUUAUAUCGCUGACAUACUUGGAAAACCACCACCUCCGCCUCAAUUUGGUAAUCAUACAAAAGUGAAGCCUAUACAAAAUGGUGACGAAGAUGUGGAAGAUGACCUGCUUAACUCAGAAAAACAUAAUGCACAUGAAAAUGAGAGAAAGGGUGUAAAGAAGAAGUACACAUACAACGGCGAAUCGUGGAGGGACGAAUGUAGACAAAACAAAGACGCUAAUGAAUUUGACGAUGCUAGUACUAAUGGCAGAUACGUAAAACACCCUUCUUACUGUGAACAAGAUAGGAAUGAAGGUAGUGGCAUUUCGAGGAGGGAAAAAAGAAGAAGACGAAGACAAAAUACCACUCAUAAAAACAGCACAGACUCAGAUAGAUCUUACGACUAUAAAUAUGAUUACUGACAGACUACAGUGUCCGUAGUAACUCUUCAGUAUACAAAUAGUAACUUCUGUUAUUUUAGACCAACCCUUAACGCAUAUUAUAAACCUAGCAAUGAAGUUUUACCUGGAAAUAGACUGAAUGUAGAAACGUUUACGUGUUUUACCCUUAUUACUAUUAGGCCGUAUGAAACGAAGUUCAAAACUCAGUUCAAACUGGCUAAUAGAUUCAAGGCUA